GGCUCGGUCACGACAGGAGUACGUCACGCAAUACUGCGACUUAUAAACGGCCGACAGUCCCUGGUCUCAGCCAUCCUUCAGCAUCAUGAGGGCGACAGUGGCAGUCCUUCUCCUCUGCCUUGCGGUGUCAGCAUGCAGGUGCCAAGAAACGCCACCAGGUCCUCCUGGACCAACUGAAGGACCACAACCAACCGGACCACCUGGCCCACCGACUGGAGGACCUGAUCCAACAGGUCAACCUACUGGAGGUCCUGAACCAACUGGUCCCCCUGGCCCACCAACUGGAGGUCCUGAGCCAACAGGUCAACCCACUGGAGGUCCUGAACCAACUGGAGGGCCCCAGCCCACCGGUGAACCUCAACCUACUGGAGAACCUCAGCCUACUGGACCACCAGGGCCACCCGCAGGAGGUCCUGGCCGCUUUUGGCGCGGUGUUUUCUAAUGAAACAGCACAAAUAUCUAAUUGAAACAAGUCUUCAAUUUUGCCUACAUGAUGACCACUAAACUCUUUUCAGCUUAUUUAUAAAGUAUUCUCAUGGUACUGUUUUCAUUCGUGUUUCAUUAAAUUAGCAUUAAAAAAGUA